GUCGGUGCCCUGACCAAUAGUUUAAAUAUUACACUCGUUACGUAAAUACUAAAUAUUAACGUGAACAAACAACAAUGUCAAUCAAAACUUUAUUCUAUUUCAUGUUUUUGUUUUUCGGAAGCUUUCAAGAAAAAGGCGAAUCGGUUUUGAACGACGAAGAUAACAAGAAUAUCAUUACAUCGGAACUAACAAACAUAAUACGGCUAAAGACGACUACGAUUCAUAAUAAAUUGUAUUGUGACCACCACGCCGAAACAUAUUACGUUUUCGCAAAAAAGAAAAUAAGAGUUAUCGUGAAUAGCGAUAUAGAAAUAAACGAGAUAACCUGCUUUAUCACUAAUUUAACAUCACAUGUGUUCUCACACGGAGACGUCCUUAAGAACGGCAACGAAGAAUACGAGGUCGAAGCGAACAUAUCCACGCCGCUAUUCGGUUGGAAAUGGACUUGCAUGUUGUAUAUGAACUCUCACUACAAACCUGUCUUUUGCAAAUUCACUGUCAAUGAAAUAGCAGAAGAAUAUUUCAGACUCGAAGUUGAUGGAGUUAGGCUUAAAAUUAACGUAGACAUUCCGACAUCGGUGGAAUAUUAUUUAAAUGCUACCUACAAAUACGUACGCGAGAAAACCGUGAAAAUACUUUGCGAGCCGGCAAGUGCGCUUCUAACAACGGGAUACAGGAUAUCUGUUAAAAACUCGCCCAUCAGCUCGACCUGUGUGCCGACGGUUUUGGAUGUAACCUGCACUCUCGACCUGCAACGUAGUCACAGCGGCCAGUACAUAGACUUCGUCUUUACACAGCUCUCCACCGGCGAGCAACUAGUUCUGAGGCUCAUCUUAAUACACGAAAAACAACAUUCCGGAUUCCCGUGGGCCAUAGUUGAGAUAGUCGGUGUCACCUUCGGAGCUAUAGUGCUGAUACUCAUCACCGCAAUCGUCGCAUACAAGAUAAUGAAAAAACAAAUACUCAACAAGAAACGUUGCCCGGACCUCACGUACGAACCGCUUCCUGAUCACGGGACAUCGAACGCCACCCCGUUCCCAAGGGAAGUCGAAGAAUACAUGCAGGCGAGAGACUAUGUCGAAAUUCCCUCGUCUGCAACGCCGGCGGAUACGCCGCUGUACUCAACCGUCGUGCCGAAGCGUGACAGACAAAACAAUGAUAAUAAACCACAAGAGUCCGUUCCUGAUUCGAGCAACGAGUACGCUAAUGAUGCAAGCAGUUGCCAAUACGAUUACCCGACUAUAGGCAGCGUAGGGCUGACGAAAGUUCAGAACAUAGAGUGUACGAACGUCCUCAAAGACAAGGACAAUACGUACAAACGUCUAAAGGAAGAUACAGAUUACGUGGAGCCCUGUUACACGGAAAUAAGUAAUUCGUAUGUGAAUACGUAGGGUUGAGUGAUUGGGUUUUUUGGCGGGAACGCGAGGAGUGAAGUUGUGUGAUUUGUUUUAUUUUGUCUAUUUAGUGUUUCUUUAGGUUUAAAUGUGUAAUAACGGUGGUUUAUUAACUGUUUAAUAUCUGUGAAAGUGCACAAAUGUGAAACAAAGCCGCUGAACGUAACUUCUCAGGAUCCUCCAAAAAGUCCACUGAAAAAGUCUCAGUAAAUGACCACCAUUUUACUGAGAUUAUAUUUCAUCCCAUAUCAUCUCAUUUCAUUUCAUUUCAUUUCAUCUCAGUUGAUUAAUUUGCGUUUCCUUCGUUUUUUAUUAACCAAAACUGUAAAUACUUAAUUAAAACGGCGAAUUAUAAAAAUGUUAUUACUUGACGCUGGCUAAUACACAAACCGUGCCAGAGACAAAAUAUAAAGAAGGAGAAGUUUUUUUUUCGUUUUUUUUUUGCUUAUUAAGUAUGCUUAUGACGAUUAUUUCUAGUCUAUUUUCUAUGAUCACGAAAACUGUAGAUUACAUUUUUUUAUUGCCUAUAAAUGCAGACGAGAAUACACCCUACCUGAUGGUGGGUGGUUAACGUCGCCCAUGGACGUCAGCAAUGACAGAGGCAGAGCUGCUGCUUACCGUUAAUUACUCUCUACAAGCCUCGUUUGAAGAAGGACAUAUUGUCAUAGCGCUCGGGAAACACCGUGGAGGGGAGCUCAUUCCAUAGCCGGAUGGUACGUGGCAAAAAAGAUCUCUGGAAACGCACUGUCGAUGAACGCAACGGUUCUAUGUAGUAUGGAUGACCUCUACUUGAAAAUAAUAAAAAUUCGAUACGAAACCCAAAAA